GAACCCAUCGUUCACUCAGGAGCCAACACUAGCAGCUACCGCGCUCUCGCAAUACUAUCGUUCACUUACGUCCUGCUGUGCUCACAUGUUUUCGAGACAUUUAGUACUCUAAAAUAAGACAUGCUCGAUUAAUUUAAGUUAAACGAUGGCAACUCCUGCUGCUCGAGCUUUCCGUCGGUUAGAGGGACUGUUUUGCGUCUACAAACCUGCUGGCGUCCCAUGGAAACUCGUGAGGGACGGCAUUGAGACCAAGCUCCUUAAAGGGUUAGAUGCGUUGCCAUCGCUGCCUAUUCCUGAGCAGACCCGGUUUUUGCCACCACUAGGUGGUGACAACCUGAUGCCCAAGGUGCUGUCAGCGGUUUGCGUCCCCGCCCUGUCCAAACAUCGUUUGGUCACUGGUCCUGAAUUCCAGCAUAUUCGAGUUGGUGUUGGACAUCGUUUGGAUACAUUUUCCUCUGGUGUAUUGGUCCUUGGUGUCGGGAAUGGAAACAAGGCUUUGAAUGACCUGUACCACACCAGAAUCACAAGGGAUUACACAUUGGAGGGUGAGUUUGGGACAGCUACAGAUGACUUCUCCCACAUGGGACGGGUUGUGGAAAGAUCCACUUAUGAUCACAUCACGCAAGAUAAGCUGGAAAGAGUUUUGGCAAUGCUGCAGGGAGCGAAUCAAAAGGCUUUGUUAACGUAUGCUAACGUAGACAUGCAGUCACAGGAAGCCUACGAGAUGGCCGUGCAAGGUUCAUUAGGUCCAGAUGGGAAGUCGCCGCCUAUUUUGAUGAGUUUACGGUGCAUUCGCUUCCAGCCUCCCAACUUCACUUUGGAGGUGCAGUGCCUGAACGAAACACAGAAAUACCUGCGCAAAGUAGUGCACGAAAUAGGACUGGAGCUACGCAGCACGGCCAUCUGCAAGGGAGUUCGGCGCACAAGAGACGGCACCUUCACGCUGCAGGAUGCACUCAUCCGCCACCAAUGGACGACCGCUGAGGUCAUGCGCGCUGUUAAGAAAAACAGACCGGCGACUCGAACGGGGACUGUGAUUUCAAGCAACAGAAGCAAACCAGAACCCACCGACAAAGAAGUCCGGUCAAGUUAAGAGACACAAAGCUGUGACCGCCUCACUCCACCAAGAUCCCACAAACAAGCUCUGCUGAGUUAAGCUCAGCUUGGAAAGGAAUCAGGAUGAUGUCCCCUGUUCUAUGUUAUCCUUGUGACGAGGCAAUCACAAACACAUUGUUGACCUGUCAGUCCAAAAGAACGCCCGCAAAAGACUGAAAUGAACUACAAGAACAAGAAGAACAUUUGUUGUCAGGAGCUGUAUCAGCCACAAGGAGAAAUGCAAUUUUCAUUGAAUUAACUUUAUUAAGCAUUUUAAUACAUUCCCAACCUAAUAAACUUGUUGAGCCAU